AUGCAGAGAAACUUCGAAAACUUCGAAGAUAAAUAUCAAUAUGAUGGAUCUAUCGGUAUAUCCCCCUCUCAAAUACCUCUUUCGAAGUCAAGGUUAUCAGAGUUGUUCAAGUUAGAUACAUUGUAUCUCAGGUAUAACGAUGAUCAAUGGCCUACAUCCCUCCAUCCAGGAGAUCAUACCGUUCCAUGUCGACUACUUCUCUCCCUCCGUCCGACAACAUUCUGUAUCCACGUACCAACUUUAGAAUUCAUCUCAGGAUUCCACCUACCGGAUAACAUACUAAACAGCGUACAGCAUGUUAUAUUGAUUAGUGGACCAAGAUUAUAUGCCAUCCCAGAAGGUCAAUGUCGAUUUACCGAACCGGUCUUGGAGACUUUGCGAUCUAUCAAAUCUCUGACCAUUCUAUUCGAGCCUUUUGCACCCAGUCCAGUUAUGGGGAAAUCACCGAUGGUCAGUAAUCCGAGCUUGUUCAAUGUAUCUUUCAUCUCGUCAGUCACAAAAUGUGCGAAUAUACAUACGCCGGUGCAUAUUGUGAAUGCAGGAUAUAUCGAGAGGAUUCGACAUAGGGGAUCAACGAAGAGUAUUGAACAAUUACAUCAAGAGAGUAUGGAAAUUAUCAAAGAGCACAUCGAAUUGACUCGUGUUGAUCCUCACGGCAAUGUAGUCAACUGGUCGAAAUCUGGAAUACAGAAAAGGAAAGAUAACUUGAUAUUUCAAACCAUGGAGGUAUGGAUAGACAGUGGUGGAUGGGAAGGGAGAUUGAAAGCGCAAGAAGUGAUGAGAUGGAGAAGUGUGAUGAGCAAGGUAUGA